UCAGCCACUCAUCGGAUCGGCAUGUGAACACGUGCAGUGGUGAGUGGGUCGUAGUAACUGGACUCCAGUCAUUUAACCCGCCGCUGUCGGACCUCUCCCUGUUUCUAUUGGUGGCCGGAGUCUGGGGACAUCGAGGCGUGAGACAGCGGCAGGUGUGUCCCCCGCCUUCCUCCUCCUCCUCCUCCUCCCCCCUCGGCGAGUUUACCUUCAGCGGCCGCGUCGCGCGUCGAGCGAGUGCGCGCGCUUACUGCGCAACAGGCGAACAUAUGUUCCUCACGCGCUCGCGUUCAAAUGGAUUACGAUACGAAGGUUUUCCCCCACACGGGCGGCUACGGACGCUACAACCGAGUCGUGGUCGUGUUCAGCUGGUUCCCCAGCUUCGCGGUGCUGCUCAAUCUGUUUAGCGACGUGUUCUACACGCUGAUCCCGGACUCGUUCCACUGCAGAGCCGACCCGCAGCUUCUCCCCCCCGCGGUCCUCCUCGGCAACCUGUCCACACAGGACUACGUCAGCCUCGUCUUCCCCUGGGACAACGGCACCGGCACCGGCCGCAGCCGCUGCGAACUCUACAAGUACCCACCGAACGCGUCGGAGCUGCCCCGGCACGUGCGCAGGGAGAGGGUGGCGUGCACGCGGGGCUGGGAGUACUCGCAGGUAGCGGGCCUCCACAGCAACUUCGUCACUGAGUGGAACCUGGUUUGCAGCGAUUACUGGAAAAUCCCUCUGCAACAUAUCUGCUUCAUGACAGGAUGGAUUCUGGGAUACAUCCUGCUCGGUACUUUGUGCGACUGGUUGGGCCGGCGCCGGGCCUUCCUCCUGUCCGUCAGCCUGUCCAGCCUGCUGGGGGCGGCGGUGUGUCUGUCCAGCAGCGCUGAGGUCUUCCUGCUGCUGCGCCUCUCUCAGGGCGCCGCGCUCGCCGGCGUGUUCGUGUCAUCGUACAUCAUCAGGCUGGAGCUGUGUGACCCUUCACAUCGGCUCAUGGUCGCCAUGGUGGGCGGCUUCUUCGGCGUGUUGGCGGAGCUGCUGUUGCCGGGCUUCGCUGCUCUGUGCCGUGAUUGGCCCGUUCUGCAGGCUGUGGUCACGGUCCCGCUCCUCCUGCUGCUUUCCUAUUGGUGCUGUGCUUCGCUGUUUCCCGAGUCUCCUCGCUGGCUGCUGGCCACAGAUCAGAUCCCUCAGGUGAAGAGGAGUCUGCAGGAGUUCUCCACCAGGAACGGGGUUUGUCUCCAGGACGAACACUGCCCCGGUGAAACCUUGAUGUCAGAGAUAAAUUCAGCUUACGGUGAGGACCGUCGGCCGAGGUUCUAUUCGGUUCUGGAGCUGCGUCAGACCCGUGUUAUCUGGAAGAACUGCCUCAUCCUGAGCUUCACGCUGUUCAUUGGAACAGGCAUCCAGUACUGUUUCACCAGAAACCUGCGCAUUUUCUCCACCAACUUCUACUUCAGCUACUUUGUGCGCGUGGCGACCGGCGCGCUGGGCUGCGUCUUCAUCUGCCUGUCCGUCAACCACUUCGGCCGGCGCGGCAUGCUGCUGCUGUCGGCCAUCGUCACGGGCCUGGCCUCGCUGCUGCUGCUGGCCCUCACCCAGUACCUGCAUGGAGGCCUGGUGCUGGUGCUCUCCGUCGUGGGGCUGCUCUUCUCUCAGGCUCUCGCCAUGCUCAGUGUGUUCUUCGCCUCCGAGGUGAUGCCGACUGUAGUUCGCGGCGGCUGCCUCGGCCUGGUUCUGGCCGCCGGCUGCGUGGGCAUGGCCGCCGCCUCCCUGAUGGAGCUGCAGAAUAACGGCGGCUACUUCCUGCACCACGUCGUCUUCGCCUCGUUCGCCAUCCUCUCCGUCCUGUGCGUGAUGCUGCUGCCCGAGAGCAAGCGCAAGCACCUGCCGGACUCGCUGAAGGAGGGCGAGAGCCAGCGCCUGCCGCCCUUCUUCCUGUCGCGGCCCGACAGGGACAGCCUGCCUCUGCUGCGCACCCGGCCCGCCUCGUCCGAGUACGACCCCGACAACUACUCGCGCCUGGUGUCGGCCACGCGGAAGAUGCUGACCAAGGACCGACUGCCCUACAAGAGCGGCGAAGCGGCCCAGGCCCCUCUGCUGUCGGGCCCGGAGAGGCACGCGCUGACGCAGGCUGCGUCCGAACGCGGCUGACGCUCAUCCUGCUCUUGACUGGACCUGGCUCCCUCUUAUGACGCUCUACCACCGUCCCCUUGAAUUAGUGUCUGAGACCUGAGGAGAGGCCUCGAGUUGGACGCAGUGCACUUUAAAGCGGAAGUCUGUCAGCUUUCAGCAGCGUUUCAGGCUCCUCACAUUCUUUCCACAUAGAUGCCUUUCCUGCCAUGAGACCUAUGAGGGCGAUGACAAACUCUCUUGCAGCCGGUCCAACUGGAGUCAUGCUGCUUAAAAUGUUGGACCGUAGAUUCACCAAACAGCCAGUCGCGUAAGCAACAGCCUUUGGGAACCAGGAACUCCUGCACUUUACAUUAAGCCUCUGUCGGAUGCACCAGCUAAGCUCAUCCAAGUUUUCAUUUUCAUGUGUUGUUAUACUUGUGAAACGCACACGAGGGCGCUGCAUAAUUUACUGGUGACUGAAUAGAACAUGUUUAAUAUCUCCCACUUCUAGGCCUCAUUAAUCUAGAGCCACAGCUGGCGGUGGUGAGUUCUUUGUCUUUUCUAUAAACAGCUUCAUGUCACAAAGUGUUAUUUAAGAAGGUGCUACGUUUUUUUAAAUGGAUGGUCGCCAUUUAAAUUUUUUUAAAUGGCGACCAGACAAUGAGUGGCUUUUCUCUGUCCAGUGAUAAGUAUGAAUCGUGCCUUUGAACUUUUAGUGGCGUGGCCUUGGAGGAUUUCACAUGACACCGACAUAUUUUACACGUUUUUCUAUGAUUAUUUUCAUUUUAAAGAGAAUAUAAAUUUCUUCUGUGAUGUCUUUAUAGAUUAUUUCCACACAGUUUCUGAAUGAAUGUGGAACUCUUCCAAAAUGACUUUUGUGUGUUUAAUAUUAAACAUGAUGGACCCUCUAUUGAA